AUGACAAAAGAGGAAAUGAUAAAAGAAAUCGGUGAGAAAUUAGCUGAGGAGUUAUCCUCUGUACGUACCAUCAACCCACCUGUUUGGACACCUACCCUGGAAAAAUAUAUUGAUAAUAUUCUCAAU